GUCCUUCCUCUCCGGACUGUAAGAAUAUGUGUCCAGGGCCAGUGUCUUCAGAAAACGAGUCCCACCUUUCAAGUCCUGGUAUCUCAAUGCAUCUGAGGAGCUACCUGAAGUAAAUUAGGACUGGGAACACAAGUGAGCUUCACACAGAAGAGGCAAUGGCUGCCGUGAUACUGGAAAGCAUCUUUCUGAAACGCUCCCAGCAAAAGAAGAAAACAUCACCUUUAAACUUUAAGAAGCGCCUCUUUCUUCUGACUAUGAACAAACUUUCCUACUAUGAAUAUGAUUUUGAACGUGGGAGGAGAGGCAGCAAGAAAGGUUCAAUAGAUGUUGAGAAGAUUACCUGCGUUGAAACAGUAGCUCCUGAAAAAAAUCCUCCUCCUGAAAGACAGAUUCCAAGAAGAGGUGAAGAAUCUAGUGAAAUGGAGCAGAUUUCAAUUAUUGAGAGGUUCCCUUACCCCUUCCAGGUUGUAUAUGAUGAAGGGCCUCUCUAUGUCUUCUCCCCAACUGAAGAACUGAGAAAGCGUUGGAUCCACCAGCUCAAAAAUGUAAUCCGGUACAACAGUGAUCUGGUCCAGAAGUACCACCCUUGCUUUUGGAUUGACGGGCAGUAUCUCUGCUGUUCGCAGACAGCCAAAAAUGCCAUGGGCUGCCAAAUUUUGGAGAACAGGAAUGGAAGCUUAAAACCUGGGAGUUCUCACAGAAAGACAAAGAAGCCUCUUCCCCCUACACCGGAGGAGGACCAGAUCUUGAAAAAGCCACUGCCUCCUGAGCCAACAGCAGCACCAGUCUCUGCAAGUGAGCUGAAAAAGGUAGUAGCUCUUUAUGAUUACAUGCCAAUGAAUGCAAAUGACCUACAGCUGCAGAAGGGAGAUGAGUAUUUCAUCCUUGAAGAGACCAACCUACCAUGGUGGAGAGCACGAGAUAAAAAUGGGCAAGAAGGCUACAUCCCUAGUAACUAUGUUACUGAGGCAGAAGACUCCAUAGAAAUGUAUGAGUGGUAUUCCAAACACAUGACUCGGAGUCAAGCUGAGCAGUUACUAAAACAAGAGGGUAAAGAAGGAGGUUUCAUUGUCAGAGACUCCAGCAAAGCUGGAAAAUAUACUGUUUCUGUGUUUGCUAAAUCUACCGGGGACCCUCAAGGGGUGAUUCGCCAUUAUGUUGUGUGCUCAACACCUCAAAGCCAGUAUUAUCUGGCUGAGAAACACCUUUUCAGCACCAUUCCAGAGCUCAUUAACUAUCAUCAGCAUAACUCUGCAGGACUCAUAUCCAGGUUGAAAUAUCCAGUAUCUCAACAAAACAAGAAUGCACCUUCCACUGCAGGCUUGGGCUAUGGAUCAUGGGAAAUCGAUCCAAAGGACCUGACCUUCUUGAAGGAACUUGGGACUGGACAAUUUGGGGUAGUGAAAUAUGGUAAAUGGAGAGGCCAGUAUGACGUGGCCAUCAAGAUGAUCAGAGAAGGCUCCAUGUCUGAGGAUGAGUUCAUUGAAGAAGCCAAAGUCAUGAUGAAUCUGUCCCAUGAGAAGCUGGUGCAGUUGUACGGCGUCUGUACCAAACAGCGUCCAAUCUUCAUCAUCACCGAGUACAUGGCCAAUGGCUGCCUCCUUAACUACCUGAGGGAGAUGCGCCACCGUUUCCAGCCUCAGCAGCUACUGGAGAUGUGCAAGGAUGUCUGUGAGGCCAUGGAGUACCUGGAGUCAAAGCAGUUCCUUCACCGAGACCUGGCGGCGCGAAACUGUUUGGUAAAUGAUCAAGGAGUUGUAAAAGUAUCUGAUUUUGGCCUGUCUAGUGAGACUGCUGAACACAUUGCCCAGGGCCUACGUCUCUACAGGCCUCAUCUGGCUUCAGAGAGAGUAUACACCAUCAUGUACAGCUGCUGGCACGAGAAAGCAGAUGAACGCCCCACAUUCAAAAUUCUCCUGAGCAACAUUCUAGACGUCAUGGAUGAAGAAUCCUGAGCUGGCCUGUAACCCUCUUAGAUC